AUGUCGGCCAACACACCGCUGCCUGUCCCGUCCAAGGCGGCUCUCCGGGCGCUGCGCGGUAUUGUUCUCGGCACAUCAUGCACGCUCGCACUGAUCACCGAAGACCGGCGGCGCCGCAUUAAUAUGGCCCGCAGCGCCAUCCACAACGGCAACUGUAUCCGGUCGGCUCGACGAUACCAUUCCGACAGCAAUGCGCUGGCCGACGCUCUCGAGGAAGAAGGCAGUCUGACAGUCGAGAAUGGUGUGGUCCAUUGGAAGGCUGCCGAUACCAAUGCGCAGCGGCUGUCCCGACAGGAACGGCUGCUUCUCGCAGCGUCGACACCCAGUGCCGAAGAGAAGGACAAGCCAGGGCCGGUGGAACAGCCCCAUACGCAACAGCUCGACUCGCGCCACAUACAGCAGCCACUUCCUUCCCUUGUGCAGCAGGCCGACGGGUACAAGUCCCGGAUACGGCCAAUGUUGCGACCGCAGAACGCUGUCCCCAACGGCACCGCUGCUGCUGCUGUCGGACUCGCUGACCUGCCUGUUGUAACUGCCCAGCUUGUCGAGCUGAUAGCGGCAGACAGUCCGGCCAGACUGGAAGCGGCCGUAAAGGUGCUGCUGUCUACGGAAUGCUUGUUUUCCAGCUCUUCCGAGGAUGCUCUAUCUAUUCCUGCAGACCAGUUACAGGCUCUCCGGGAUGCAUCUUCUGCUCUCUGUCGAGGUUGUCAGGAAGCGGGUCGCAUGGAUCUUGCGCAGGAGGUCUUGCGGCUAGCGGUACAGAACCUGCAGCUCGACGAGGAGGCAUACUUUGCGCACAAUCCCCUACCAGUAGUAGCUUCUCUCAUUCCGUCGAACGAGCUCAUGGCCGCCAGAGAAAAGAGUGAAGAUACAGAAGCAGACAAUGACGCUUUGGACGAUACGGCUGUCCGGCAGCUGCGAAAAGCGAUAUGGUUAUUCCUGCCUCACCUGGUGGGGUCGCGGUCUCGAUCAGCAACGGAGUUCGUUCCGCUGGCACGGCAGCUGCUGGAACGUGCCUUUGCAGUGGGCAAGCGGCGGCUAAUCAAGAGCGUAUACGCAGCCAUUGUGGCAUACGACGGGGAGAUGUCGGGGCUCAUGCUCUGGUACAUCAAGCGGCUGCACGAGACCGAACGGUACAAGCUGAUUGUGUGGGCGUACUUGGCCAAGCCAAAGGCGGCGGUCAAGCUGCCGACCAGCGGCUUUCUAGAGCUGGGCGACCGCGUGGUGGAUGCAGUGCGGCUGACCAAUACGGCCAAGGCGGGCGAGAUCCUGCGAUUUCUGUCGACGGUGCGGUCGUCGGACCGGCAGAUGCGCACGUCUUGGGUGACGGAGCUGCUGCACUGCCAGUGGCGAAAGGGGCAAGAUUACGAGGCGGUGCAGCAGCGGUUCACGGCGCUGGUGACGAGCAAAGGUGGCGGGCUGGCAGCAAGAGUACACUACCCAGACGGGGUGUACCGGGUGAUGGUGCAGAUUGCGCUGGAGGCAGGCCGAACAGACGAGGCCGAGGACUUCUUAGCGACGCUCAGAGCAACAAACGCGGCGAUGGCCGAUGACAUCCGGGUGCAGGGGCUCUUUGCGCUACAGCAGGCCAAGCAGGGCGACUGGGAGGGGGUGCGAGCACGGUUCGGGAUGGCAGUGACGGCAGCCAUGUCGUCAGGGGGUCGGGGUCUGGUGGCCGAGGACACGGAGCGGGUGUUUGUGCCGAUUGUGAAGGAGUACACACGAACGCACACGAUCGGCGAGACAGAGGACUUUCUCAAGAGCUACAUCGACGGGCUAGGCAUCCCGCCAGGUCGACGACUGGUCACACUACUGGCCCACGAGUACGGUGCAUUGCGAGAGGUGCAGUCGUUUGUCGGCUGGCUGGAGUACUGUGCCCAGGCGGGCUUUGAAGUGGACGCGGCCUUCAGCAACGCGAUUCUCAACAGCUGCCGCAAGCACUGGAAGUUUGGGUUCCGCGAUCUGCGCACAAUGUACCGCAAGCUGUGCGUGCUAAGCCCCAACUUUGAGGACCGGGUGACGCAGACGAUCAUGACGCACGCAGCCAUCUCGGACGCCCGGUACAUGGGCCGGCCGGUCAAGGGACGCAUUCUGUCGCUGCGGACGGGGGGCAAGCGAAUUGUCGGCAGCACGGUGACGCCAAUCGGGAACGUCGGCACUGUCGGCACCAUCAGCACUGUCAGCACUGCCAGCACGGCGAGUACGGCCAGCUUUGUGUCGCCGCUGUCGAUGUCGGGGCGCUUCCUGGACGAGGAGAGCCUGUUUCUGAGCAUGAAGCACGCCUUUGCCACGGGCAUGGUGUCCAAAGCCGUGCGGCUGUACCGACGAGCGACACACAGCGGCGUGCAGGCGAGCGAGCGGUGUCUGAAGCUAGCCGUAGCCGCAGCGACGCGUCAGGCCAGCGGACGAGGCAGCUUCGACACGGCCAUCGAGCUGCUGCGGACGGCCCAGCUGGGCGGCCAGGAUAUUGACGGUGCUGCCGCCUAUGUGGCCGUGGCCUGCAUCGACGUCGAGGGCCCGGCUGCGAGUGCUCGGCGUGGCCGAAACGGUGCUGCUGCGGCUGUGCAGUCGAUCCUGGCUCAGCUCGAGGCCAGCGAUGUGCGCGUGUCCGACCUGGCCCUCAACCGUGCCGCCUUCUGCGUCUUCAAGGCCGGCCACAUGCGCGGUGCCGUCGCUCUCGCCCUGUCGGCCGCCAACACCCCCGUUGCUGGCGGUCGGCCCGGCUACAACGUCUGGAACUUUGCUGUCCUCAUCGCUGCCUAUGCUCGCCUGGCCGACGCCGAGGGCCUUCGCAUGACCGUCGACGCUGCCACCGCCGCCGUCCUGGCUGAGCGCCUCGCCUACAACGCCCUCAAGCAGGCCCGCCGUCGGCUGCGCCUCAUGGGGGGCACAGCUCAUGUUCCCCCUGUUGAUGAUAUGGACGAAUCACGUGACUUUUACGACCCCCAUAGCAACAGCAGCCGCGCCCUGCUCGCCGUCGAGCUCGGCCUCGACCACGCCCGCCGCGUCCGCCGCCGCCUCAGCAGCCAGCGCGUUCAGGUCGAGGCCGCCACCAUCGACAUUAUGCGUCGCGCCGCCCUCGACGCCGGCUGCGCACCCGUCGACUUUGACGACGUGCCGUUCCUGCACCGUCGUCCGUCUGCUGACUCAGCCGAUGCCCCACAACACCCCGUCGUCCACCACCAUACCGACAGCCUCGACAGCCUCGACCUCGACGGCUGGGAGCUACCCGACGUACCGGCCGCCGCCGCCGUCGCGACAGGACCGCCCUUGGCCGCGCCCUUGGUGGCCUGUCCAACUUAG